AUGUCGUUCAGGGAUAAAUUAGAAGAAUGUGCUUCAGAGCCACACCUGCGACAAGAAGAAGUAAGGGCGUUCAAGACAGCAAUUGCGUUUCUCGAUCUUAUGGCUGAGCACGAGAAUGAAAUAUUGCCUUAUCCAAUUCUUGAAAACGAAUGGAAAUUUUUUAAAAGAGCAUCAUCUUCGAAAGAGCCAGAAAUUAGAGAACUCGAGAAAUAUUUGACAACUCUUAGUUCUAGUAUUCCAAGAUAUUGGGCAGUCAAGUUACAAACUAUAUGGCUUGGACACGCAGAUAAAUAUGAGAUGGUUCGCAAACAACACGAUUCUUUGGAAGAAAUUUCCAAACUACUAAGCUUAGAGGUGGCUUAUGAUGGCAUCUUGGAUAAGUGGUCCAAGAACUGGAAACCCAUUGUAAAGACUCGAUUCGAUUACGAAAGGGCUCUCAAAAGACCAGAAGAUACGAUGUUCACAGAGAGAUUGAAGGGUUUUUAUGAAAAUCGCAGAGUAUCAACAUUUCAUCAGGACAAAGAUGGCUCAAAUUUCAAAUUUGGCGAUAUUGAUCUCGAAGAAGUUGAGUGUACUGCCACAAGUAGAUGGGGAUCAGAAAUUUGUCGGCAAGCCUUUCACAUUGUUCCAUCACGAACAAGCACGGCCGAAAUGAAUUUGAUGUUUGUCACGACAGAGGCUUUGAAUCCUGCGCUUGGAGCAUACGAUCUCAAGAAUGGUUCAAUAUUUUGA